ACAGCUUGAGGAUAGAAAGUGUAAAGAUCAGAAGCAGAAACUUUAAAGAGUAACAAUGGAGAAGAACCAAGCUGCUGGUGCCGGAGAACGUGUGUACGAAGACAUCGAACCAGUCGCUGAAUGGGUUUCCGAGCCCGAAUUCGACACCCUUAUCGUCUACCUACCGGGUUUCAAAAAGGAACAACUGAAGGUUCAAAUGACCUCAACACAUAAGUUGAGAGUUCUUGGGGAAAGACCAGUUGGGAGUGAAGAUACCAAAUGGAUUAGAUUCCGUAAGGAAUUCCCUAUUUCCCCAAACUACGACACCAACAACAUCAUCGCACGAUUUGAAGGUGGGACCCUUUUCAUCAAGCAUCCCAAAAUCAAGAUCACAUCAACGGCUGAUAAUAAUAAGAUCAACGGUGAUCCUCGUCAACAGAUUCCUGCACCUUCUGUAUCGAAUCAGAACUCGAAAACUCAUGGCAAUGCACAAACUCAACCCAGUACCGUAAAUGAAAAGGAGAAGAAGACGACUCAGCAAACCAAAACCCAGAAAGCUAAAGAAAAAGCUCCGAAGACUUCAAUGGCGAUGGAGGAGAAACCGAGAAAAGAUUCUGAUCAGAAAGGUUCUGAUAGGAAAUAUCAGGAGAAUGAUCAGAAGGGAAUCGUGGGUUCUAAUGGAAAAGAGCAGAGAAAGGAGAAAACCGCUCAAAGUUUCAAAUCCAAGAACGAACAAGAACAGACUUCAAAGACCAGUAUGGCCACGGAGGAUGAUCAGAAACCAGGAAAAACUGAUCAUGAUGCUCCGAAGGAAAAAUCUGACGUGGGUUCUGACGAUGGUAAGCAUGAGAAUCAGAAGGUGACGGGGAAUGAAAAAGGAAAGAGUACGGCCAUUGAUUCUGCAAGAAGUAGUGAGAUUAACGGAAGGUCUAAGUUGAAGAUGAAGGAUGGAACAACUAGGGUUUUGCUUUGGGCGAGGGAGAGGAAGAACGGAAGGGAAGUGAUGAAUCUGGUUGUGGCUGUUUUAUUGAUAAUGGUGAUGGGGAUAUAUGCUUGGAAUGCUUUCAAGUCCAUUCCAAAAUCCGAAAAUAAUUAGUUUGUAAAGUUCUUCACCAGUUCA